CGGCGUUACCUCCGUGACUGGUUUCUGGAAGAUUCUAGAAGUUCCUUUGCUAGUGAAAUCUAGUCUUCUAGAAAUUUCUCACCGAAAUACCGAAUUGUCUACAAGAUGCAAGAUCCUAAAACCAAGCCAAAGAAGAUGAUAAACAUCGAAGCUGAUUGCGUUAAAGCAGUGAACACGUACAUGCAAGUUAAAGCUGAGUCGAACAAUUUUAUCAAGAAAUUUCCAGAAUGGGAUAGGUUGCCAAAAACUCUUGACAACGAAUUAAUAAUAGCUGUUCGCGAGCGAGAUGCCGCCAAAACCCGCCUGGAAAUCAAGCGCAAAGAAAAAAAAGUGUUUGACCGGGAGAUGAAGGAAAAGUGGAAAGAUCUAGAGCAAAAACUUAAAGAACUACGAGAAGAAGAGUUGAGACAUGAAAAGUUUUCUUCGGAAAACGAAUUGAAAUGCGAAAUACUCACGAGGAAGACACACGAAGACAACGAAGAAACGAAACGCUAUGAACAGCAAACCGUACCGAUGCAACAAUCAAUAUUAAAGCUCGAAGAGGCCGCCGAUGGGAUGCAACGUAGCGUGGAUGAGUUAAAGCCGUUCGAAGAAUUUCUCGAAAAAGUAGUGGAGGAGUCGAAAGAGUUUAAAAACAUAGAUGACGUUAUAAAGAGAUACGAAAACUUGACCAACAUACGGAAGGAAUUGGCGCAAAAACACGAAAAGAAGACUGCGGAUUUGAAACGGUUGACGACGGACGUGUUCAGACGUUCAAAGGAAACCAGUGAAGAAGCUGAGCACGUGUCUGUUGAAAUGGCUGAUGUCGUCGAAUCGUUGGGAAAACUGAAAGACGAGAUGAUCAAGACCGACCUGGCUUAUCGCAAGAUCGAAAAUGUGGCCAAAGAAAAGAAAAUUGAGGGUGACUUGGUAGCCGCAUCUGUGUGGAAUAUAUAUAAGCAAAUGUGUCGACGCGUAAAAAAAUCUGUGCCUAACAAAAUACCGGAUAUAGAAACUCAAUUGGCGUUCAUUGCCGAGGAAUACCAACAGUUGGCUAAAGUAUUAAACAUGGCCGAGAAAAUCAAAGAAAAAACCAACAAAAGGGAGAUUCUGAGAAACUGAAAAUAAAUUGUGCUUGGCAUGCUGAUGGUACUGUAUACAUAUUAUACUGCAAAUUAUAGUAUUUAAACAUAUAAGACAUUAGUUUCUGACAUUAAGGGGUAGGUAUACAACAGCUACUUUACAAAAUGCUUCAUUUUAUUUAUAUUACGAGCAUACUAACACAAUUUAAAUGAUUUUUAACUUUUUAA